UCCACUCUGGGCACUUGGUUCUUCAUCUGUAAGAUGAUUGCAAGUUGAUUGAUGUCUACGGAUGAACCAAAACUGAAGUACUCACCGCCAGACUGGCUUAAGCUCUCCUACUCUGGUGAUCUGUUGGGAAAUAGCUGCUUUUGUGACCUCAUCAGAUUGCUUCCCUGGUGACCUUUUUGAAGGGUUAAUAGGAGGUGUGGAGCCAGGGAUAAAAGCUCUGUUCCUCAGGCUUUCUGGGGGUUAUUUGUUGUAGAUUGAAUGGGAAUGGGGGAGCAAAGGUUGGGUUCCAUCUCUGGUGACAAUGAAUUAUUCCAGAUUUUGUGUUCGAGUGCAGAAGAAGACAUGGAGGAAAAACCCAAGGUAUAUAUCUGGGGGACUUGGGAAGAGAAAAGCAGUAACACCUUACAGAAACCAUUUCAUCGCUUCAUUAAGGAGAUCAUCACCAUGAUUCGAGUGUGCAAGAUAUUUCGUCGAGGCCUCCAUGGAUUCCGGGAGUGUCAGAUCAUGCAGACCACAGACAAGGGGAACCCUAUCUUCUCUGCAUGGGAUAAAAAGAAGCAGACCAAACUGACCUUCAACUACAAUGAAUUCUUCUUCGAGCAGGGGCACUUCCCUCAAAGGGCUAUUCAAAUUACUCAGAAGAGACCAGAGUGGAGAGAAGAGAGCGAAGUCUACAACCUCUGCAAUUUCCUGCAGGUGUUGGAAAGCUUCUGGAGUUACAGCCAGCAGCUCCAGCUGCUGCUGGCCAAAGUCAUCCGCUAUGAACGGUUUGGCAGAAGACGUGUGAUCAUUAAGAAGGGGCAUAAGGGCAACAGUUUCUACUUCAUCUACUUGGGGACAGUUGCUGUGACUGCAGAUGAUGAUGGCAGCAGCGCCUUCCUAGACGCACACCCUGAAUUGCUCUAUAAGGGUUCAUCUUUUGGAGAGAUGGCUUUGUUGACUGGUUCUGAGAGGAUUGCCACUGUGGUCUGUAUGGAAGACACAGAGUUACUGGUUGUGGACAAGGAAGAUUUCUUUGGUAAUAAGAUGGAUGAGGAGGUGAAGAAGGAAUUUCAAUUUCGGUUUAAUUUCUUCAGGGAGCACAAUCUCUUUAAGACGUGGUCUGAUGAGAGCCUCAAGAAAGUGGCAAGUUAUUGCAAAGUGGAGAAGUUCCCACUUGGGCAGCUGAUAACUCGGAAUGUGACGGAAUCUGGCUUCAUCAUGUUUGUUACAGAGGGCCUAUGCGACAUCAUCCGGCUGUUGGAUCUUUCGACUUGUCUCUCCUACUACAAGUGGAUAUGGCAGCACCUGACACCAGUAGAUCACAGUCUUCUGGAUGCUCGGAACUUUGAAAGCUCUCCCCGGAAGAGGUUUAAAGAUUUUCAGCUCAAAUCCUACCCAGUACUGGACUUCAGUAAUCUGAAAAUGGCACAUCUGGAGAAGAUUAGGCAGGAAGAAAAGUCUGACAGUCCCAAAGAGGAUAAAUGCACGAAUUCACAGAACAAAUACUUUAGGAUUGGCUCUGGCUCCUGCCCUGUCUCUAGCCCUAUGGUGAUGACGGAAUUUGGACCACUCCCAAAGGAUGCCGUGGUGGGAGUCUAUGUGAAGGUUCACACCGUGGAGUCAGGCAAUAUUUUGGGCCUGCACCAACACCUCAUUCCUGACAAUUUGCAGGAUAAGCGAAGCUGGAUCUUGGUGAGCCGAGGAGCCACAAUUAUUCGUUUUAAAAAGGACAUAUUCGAUGAAUUCCUGGAUGCGGAAACCAAAGGAAAACUGAAAGAAUUGGAGAUUGCCUAUCCCAGUGACAACACCAUGUGCCAGAAGAUCCUAAGGGAGAAUUCGUGGAACAUUUUCCGGAAGGAUCUCCUGAAAAUCUUGACAAAAUUUCCCCCCUACGAAAUGUUCACUGCAUUCCGGACCCGAAAAAAGUGCCUCUAUUCACCUCUGUCUGGGGUUCUAGACCUGAAGAGUUUAGGGAAGAAGCCACGGGGCUCAUAUCCCAUCUUUAAUGCAAAAGUAGAGCCUUCUCCAAAAAAGAUCCUCCCUCCAUUGAGAGUGGUAGAGAGCAUCUCUAUUCCCAGGUAUCGACUGAAGGAACUCAUGCCUAGGUAUCGUAGUCCUGGCAUUCUCCUCCAAAGCUGA